AUGUCGUGUGUAAACAAGGAAAAAGAGGAUGAAACACAAAAGUCUGGUUUGAAUAAGUUACUUGCCACUGGGAAACUUUUGGGAAGUUUGAACAUUGACUUUCACCAACUAACAGGAAUUGAUAACUUAUGGGCACUCAGAGGCAAAAAGAACCCAUCUGCAGAUAAUGCCUUAGAUUCAAGUAGUACAAGUAGUCUGAAUGCUGAAGAUCUUACUAUUGAUGAACAAGAAGAAACACACGAGAGUUUCCCUUUGAAAAAAAGAAUUUGGAUUAAAAGGGAAGGAAAGAAUCCUACCACUAUAUUUGUAUCCCCUGGAAUGCUGGUUGAUGAUUUAAAGUAUACAAUAACGAAAAACUAUCCGACAACCUUGGCAUUAGAGUGUGAUCCCUCUGAAAUUAACAUUAAUGCAACUGUAUCUCCUGAUGGAAGGAAUGCUGAAGUAAUUACGUUGAAGCCGGAUCUGGAUGUUUACAAAUUUCUUGAUGAUUAUUUCCCUGAUGGGAUGAAAAUUAUUGAUGCAUUUACCAUAAGCAUUCCUACAGGCAAAGGAACAAUUCAAUCUGAAUUGAAGCAACGAACAAAACAUUUCAAAAAGAAGGAAAAGCAGCGAGUGGGUAUUCAUGAAAAGGAUCAAGGACAGAUAGCCAAUUCCAAAUCACGAAAUUUACGACAAGAAGGUAACAUUGCAUCACAAACAUCACCGGAAAAUGCAAUGUCAGCAUCUACUAUUCCACCUGUUGUACUAGUUGCAAAAAGAAAGAUGGCCCAAAAGGAUGAAAAAAGCACUAGAUCGAGUAUAAAUGGAUCAGGAUCUCAGAAAUCCAGUGAUCGCUUUCAUGCAAGAAACGGGACACAGAAUUGGGAUGGUAUAAAAUCCCAGGAAGUAAGGUCAAAGUUCUCCUUAUCUACUUUUAAUAAUUUGACAGGUUCCGACACUCAUCGAAGAACAAUUAAUGACAUGAAACUGAGGCCAAAUGCCGGAAUUUCAAAGAUUCUUUCCCAUAUUAAUGUUUUAGUUGUUGAGGAUAACCUCGUGAACCAGAAAAUUAUGGCUAGACAUCUUAAGUCCUGCAAAGUUGGAUUUAAGAUAGCAUCGAAUGGAAGGGAAGCCCUUGAAAUGUGGAAAGAGGGGGGCUUUCAUCUUUGUUUUAUGGAUAUUCAAUUACCCGUUAUGUCUGGACUUGAGGUUACUAGGGAGAUUCGGCGACUUGAAAAAGUGAAUCGAAUUGGAAACUUUCCUACAUCUCAGCUGUCUGGUUCAAAGGACAAGACAGAUAACAAAGCUCCAAGGGCAUCAGAUAAAUUAGACCUUUCACUUUUUCGUUCACCAAUUAUAAUUGUGGCUUUGACUGCAUCUACGGGUGCUGAAGAUAGACAAGAGGCGUUAGCAGUUGGAUGCAACGACUAUCUCACGAAACCUGUACAGUUAAAAUGGCUUAGGAGCAAGCUUACAGAAUGGGGUUGCAUGCAAGCUCUAAUCAAUUAUGAUCAUUUUAGAAGCGACUAUUAA